GUAGUCUGCGAACAGCUCAGACCACCCAUGGACCACAGACCGCUUCUAAUCAUCGAGUCACUUAGGCUAUCAACUUGUGUUCUCCUGCUAUAUCCCUGAACCAAGAUUCAUGGCAGUCGAGGAAGGUCGCUCGCCUAAGCGGCAGAAACUCGACUCGUUCAGUUCAUAUACACUCGCUACGAAGCUGCCAUCCCACAACAAGGGUGUCUCCUCUGCCUACUUCUCUCCCAAUGGGCGCCUCCUUGCCAGUAGCUCAGCAGAUUGUACCGUCAAGAUCUGGGACACUGAUACUUGGCAGCUCGAACAGACCCUUCAGGGACAUGCCAAGGGUAUCUCAGACGUCGCUUGGUCGCGCGAUAGUCUGCUAGUCAUAACAGCUUCCGACGAUCGCACAGUACGGAUAUGGGAUGUCGCUAAAGGUACCACUGUACGCAAUCUACGUGGCCAUACAAACUUUGCUCUCUGUUGUACAUUCAACCACGCCGGCAAUCUAGCUGCCUCGGGCUCCUUUGAUGAGUCUGUCAAAAUAUGGGAUGUCUUGGCAGGUACAUGUCUGAAGACGCUACCAGCGCACAGCGAUCCUGUGUCCAGUGUACGGUUCAAUGUGGAUGGCUCGAUGCUUGUCUCGUGCUCACACGAUGGGCUCAUUCGCAUAUGGGAUACCCUCUCCGGACAAUGCCUCAAGACACUGGUCGAUCAAGAUUCCCCGCCAGUCUCCUUUGCUGCAUUUUCUCCAAACGGACGCAUUCUCAUGUCUUGCACUCUGGACUCAACUAUUCGUCUGUGGGACUUUGUCAGUAGUCUGCCGCUCAAGACAUACAAAGGCCAUCUCAAUGUCAAGUACACCCUCAAUGCUGAAAUGGCGAAUGAUGAAAUGAUCAUCGGCGGUGAGAAUGGUAAGGUCACAGUGUGGCAUACUCAGAGCAAAGACGUGCUGCAAGAGAUUCAAUGCAGCGACGAGGUUAUUCUCAGCGUCAGUCGACGUGUGACUGAUGCCAAGAAGUGGUUGGUUGUGGCUGGCUUGGACAAGACUAUCUACAUCUACCAGGCUGAUGUAUGAAGGAAGCAUCACACAGCACAGACUAGUCCUCAGUCUUUCCAGACACAGUCGAUGCCGAAUUCAGCAACCAAGCCGGUGAGCGUCGGAAGCCCAUUUCUAUCUAGCGCU